AUGGGCACUCUCCCCGCAGCCGCGAACUGGACGGACGGUGCGGGCACCGCGGGCGCGGACGCCGGGAACCUGAGUGCGGCGCUCGCGGCAGGGGCGCCUGAGGCUGAGUGGCUGCAUCUGCUGGUCCAAGCCGGCAACCUCUCGGCCUCCUCCUCCGCGCCGGGACUGCCUGCGGCCUCCCCGGCGCCUACGCAGCCCCGGGCCAACCUCACCAACCAGUUCGUGCAGCCGUCCUGGCGCAUCGCCCUGUGGUCCCUAGCAUACGGCGUGGUGGUGGCCGUGGCGGUCUUCGGGAAUCUCAUCGUCAUCUGGAUCAUCCUGGCCCACAAGCGCAUGAGGACCGUCACCAACUACUUCCUCGUGAACCUGGCUUUCUCCGACGCCUCCAUGGCUGCCUUCAACACCUUAAUCAACUUCAUCUAUGCGCUUCACAGCGAGUGGUACUUCGGCGCCAACUACUGUCGCUUCCAGAACUUCUUCCCUAUCACGGCCGUGUUCGCCAGCAUCUACUCUAUGACGGCCAUUGCGGUGGACAGGUAUAUGGCCAUUAUUGAUCCCUUGAAACCCAGACUGUCUGCCACAGCAACCAAGAUCGUCAUUGGAAGUAUUUGGAUUCUAGCAUUCCUACUUGCCUUCCCUCAGUGUCUUUACUCCAAAAUUAAAGUCAUGCCAGGCCGUACUCUUUGCUAUGUGCAAUGGCCAGAAGGUCCCAAACAACAUUUCACUUACCAUAUUAUUGUCAUUAUACUGGUGUACUGCUUCCCAUUGCUCGUCAUGGGUGUCACAUACACCAUUGUUGGAAUUACUCUCUGGGGAGGAGAGAUCCCAGGAGAUACCUGUGACAAGUAUCAUGAGCAGCUAAAGGCUAAAAGAAAGGUUGUAAAAAUGAUGAUAAUUGUUGUGGUGACAUUUGCCAUCUGCUGGCUGCCUUAUCAUAUUUACUUCAUCCUCACUGCAGUCUAUCAACAGCUAAAUAGGUGGAAAUACAUCCAGCAGGUCUACUUGGCCAGCUUUUGGCUGGCAAUGAGCUCAACCAUGUACAACCCCAUCAUCUACUGCUGUCUGAAUAAAAGAUUUCGAGCUGGCUUCAAGAGAGCAUUUCGCUGGUGUCCUUUCAUUGAAGUUUCUAGCUAUGAUGAGCUGGAGCUCAAGACCACCAGGUUUCACCCCACUCGGCAAAGCAGCCUGUACACAGUGAUCAGGAUGGAGUCCAUGACAGUGGUGUUUGAGCCCAGUGAUGCAGACAACACCAGAUCCGGUCAGAAGAAGAGAGCGACUCCAAGAGAUCCAAGCUUCAGCGGCUGCUCCCGCAGGAAUUCCAAAUCUGCCUCCACCACUUCAAGUUUUAUAAAUUCGCCCUAUACCUCUGUGGAUGAAUACUCCUAA